CAAAAAUCCUCAGAUGCGCUGAAAUAAUUGAAGUGAAACUACGAUGAAAAGUAUAGCUGUUAAAAAUAUUAAAUCUGAAAAUGUAUUACGUACAAAAGGAUAUUGUUAAUAAUUAUUCACGAAGAUAAAAGUAAAAACUUAUAUAAAUAUAUAGUAAUCAAUGUGUGCAAUAAAUAUAAACUGGAUUACGUCACUGAUAUUAAGAACGCUAAGUAAUAAAGUAAAAUGAAACCUACUGCUGCAGAGACGUUGCGGGCAUGGCUAUUGUCUGCAUUGAUGGUGCAUGGUGCUGUAGCUGGAAACCCAGAUGCCAAAAGGCUUUACGAUGAUUUACUAAGCAAUUAUAACAAACUUGUGCGUCCAGUGGUCAAUACUACAGACGUUCUUAAAGUGUGCAUAAAACUAAAAUUAUCACAGCUUAUUGACGUGAAUCUCAAAAAUCAAAUAAUGACAACUAAUCUUUGGGUUGAGCAGUCGUGGUACGAUUAUAAGUUACGUUGGGAGCCGAAAGAAUAUGGUGGUGUGCAUAUGUUGCACGUACCAUCCGAUCAUAUUUGGCGUCCUGACAUUGUUCUAUAUAACAAUGCUGACGGGCAUUAUGAAGUUACUCUUAUGACAAAAGCCACAGUCCAUAAUAAUGGAUUGGUUAUAUGGCAACCACCUGCCGUUUAUAAGUCGUCAUGUUCAAUUGAUGUUGAAUACUUUCCGUAUGACGUUCAGACGUGCAUCUUAAAAUUAGGCAGUUGGACGUACGACGGCUUUAAGGUCGACUUGAGGCAUAUGGAUGAACAACAAGGUAGCAAUAUAGUUGAUGUUGGUGUAGAUCUUUCCGAGUUCUACAUGUCUGUUGAAUGGGACAUACUGGAGGUGCCGGCUGUCAGAAAUGAAAAGUUCUACACUUGCUGCGAUGAGCCCUAUUUAGAUAUUACGUUUAAUAUAACAAUGCGCCGUAAAACUUUAUUCUAUACGGUCAACAUUAUAAUUCCAUGUAUGGGAAUUUCUUUUCUAACAGUGUUAACGUUUUAUUUGCCAUCAGAUAGCGGUGAAAAGGUUACGCUAUCGAUUUCGAUUCUCAUUAGUCUCCAUGUGUUUUUUCUAUUAGUGGUUGAAAUUAUACCGCCCACAUCGCUAGUCGUGCCAUUACUGGGGAAAUAUUUGAUAUUCGCAAUGAUUCUCGUUUCCAUAAGUAUAUGCGUAACUGUUGUCGUAUUAAAUGUGCAUUUUCGUUCGCCGCAAACUCAUCGAAUGGCUCCCUGGGUAAAAAAUGUUUUUAUAGACUACCUGCCAAAAUUUUUAUUUAUAAGAAGACCCAAGUACAACUUCGAAACUAGCUUAUCCGGAACAGGGCCCUUUGGUGGAAGCUGUCAAAUACAUGGGCCCAUACCACCGCUUACGCAAUCCGAAUCAGAUGAAUUAACGGUUGUUCCUGACAUCGAUGCGGGCUUGUCCGGAAUUAAAAGCCCGAUUUUGAGUAAUCCGGUAUUUUCACACACAAAAUGCCCACCAAGAUUACACCGCACUUGUUUUUGCGCACAGUUUAUUGCUGAGCAUACUAAAAUGCAAGAAGACUCCACCAAAGUUAAAGAGGAUUGGAAAUACGUAGCAAUGGUUUUGGAUCGUCUUUUUCUUUGGAUUUUUACUCUAGCUGUCUUAGCUGGUACUGCAGGUAUCAUUCUGCAAGCGCCAACUCUAUAUGAUGAUCGCAUUCCAAUUAUUGAGCAAAAGGAUAUAGAUUUUUCAGGAACAUCGGCGGGACGAUGCCGGCCACCGCAAUAGCAGUUCACUGACAUAUCAAAAUUUCCAAUCCUAAUUUAGUUUCCCAUAAAUAUUUUUUUUUAACGCAUACAAGAGAAACAUUAGAAAAAUAAUUUCGUUUUGUGUUCGUUUUUGUCUUUGCAACAUCUCAAAAUGUAAUCCAGAUUUCGUCAUCAGCCUAAGAUCCCGAGCCAAUUAAGUUGUACCCACUCUUUUACGUGUUUGUUCGAAUUUCACAUUAGCCAUCCAUGUUAUAUGUUAUUCUUUGUAUCCAGCAUUGAAUUGCUAAUGUUUGCGAAUCAUUGAAAUAUGUAUCAGAGACUGUUUGAAAAAUAUAUAUGUUUUUAAUCAGAUUUGGUUUUGACAAUGGUAUUCCCAAUUACGAAAAAUGGGCCUUUUUCCCAAGUUAUCCCUCAAAGUUGAGCAAAUUUCAUUUUAGAGAUAGUCGGGUAAAGGCUUUGCACAAUCCGUAUAUGAGUUAAAGAAUCGAUUGUCUUGAAAGUAGCUUGUGUUCGAGACUACGUCGUUUAAUGUAUUCUCGGCUUUAGUUGGUGCAGCUUCACAGAGCUCUCUUAUCUAUCACUUUCUUUGGUUUAUACGAUCCUGCCACAAUCACUUUUUUACAUUUGCCGCUUUCUAAGCGCAAACGUUUUAGCUGUUGGUACAAUUAAGGCAUUGUCUCUUUAAAGACUAUAGAAAUUAGCAACGUUUAACCGCUCAUCAUUAAUUCCAUUUUAAAAUACACAUACGUGUCCCGAUGUCCUAAUAAAAAAUGCUACCAAUCAAGAAAAUUGAUUUUCGAGAUGGCGGAAUUGCUUCGCAGGCACAUGACGAGAGAGCGUGUAUGUAUAUCUAAUGCAAUAUUAUUAUAUGUUUCAAGGAGGAAUACAUUGUGAA